GGAACUCUUAUUUAUUAUAAAUAUACCUGUCAGGGCUCCUAUUGGAGUUACCCUUUCCCAUUAUUUCACAUGGUAUCAACAGUCCAGACCUAAUUUUCCCCCACUCUCUGUCUCUUCACGCUUACCGCCGCCAUGAGUUCUUCUUCGGAAAAGUUGACCGCCGCAGUCAUGGCUUCCUCGGCCAUGAGCUCGGCUGCCGCUACAGCCUCUUCUUCCAUGGCGCCAACAAUCUCUUCCCUUCCUACCAGGACGAUGGACCAGCCAGGCUUCUCCGCGCAGAUCUCUACGGCUGGAAUCCCUAAUGCAAACGGUUCGCCGGUCAUGACGCCAACAUCAUCAACGUUGUUUACCAAUUUUCCUCCUCUACCUAAUUUCUCUGCGACUGGACAAAUUCCCUUGUUUCAGUCCUUGCCGCAGCAAUUCCCUUGGCAGCAGCCCCUGGUCUAGCGGCAGACGAGCUUCUUUACUCCGCCGCCACCGCCGGUUCAGUCUCAAGUGCCCCUCUCCGGCCAGCAUCAGGCAGCACCUUUGUUCUUCGGCUCCACCUUUUACGGCUCCCAGGCGUGGUUCGGCCGAUUGAUCAAUCAGGCUUUGGUUCUCCGAUGUCGGCCCUUGCUCAGUCCGUGUAGCAUAUCACUACUGUCUCUCAAAUUGUCACCAUUAAAUUGAAGGCAGUCGAGGAUUAUCUCACCUCAGUUCGAAUCCUUCCUGGUCUCUCAAGGCCUGUUUGGAAUUGUUGAUGGCUCCAUUCAGGUACCCCCGAUGUAUAAUGUUGAUUUUCUUAAUCGUCAAGUUCCAAACACAUAAUAUUAUCAUUGGCUCCGAGUAGAUCAAACAAUUCGUUGUUGGUUGUUUGCUACUCUAACUCGGGAUGUGUUAGUUGAUGUUCAUGAUCUGAAACAUUCAGCUGCUAUAUGGGCUAGACUUCAGACUAGAUUUAUGUCUGCAUGUUUACCCCGAUGCAUGGAACUUAAAUGAUUAUAGUCAAACACAAAGAAGAUAGAAACUCAAUAUGUGGAAAUUUAUUUGAGGGAAAUCAAGAAUUUAGUGGAUGCCCUUGCGGCAAUUAAUUCUCCUAUAUCGGAUAAAGAGCUUCUUCAAUCUGUUCUGGCUGGCUUGGGACCAGAGUAUCGACCUCUUGUCACUACGGUCUCUUUAUUUCCCGAGAAUUUUCCCUGUGUCAUUUUGCAACCCCGUCUCCUAGAAGAAGAGCAACACGUCCUUUGUGAGCGUUAACAGCAGACUGUCGCUGGUCAUCAGGCAUUUGUGGCCGCUAUAGCAGGAGGUCACCAACAGACUGGUUAUGUUAUUCGUGGCAAGGGAGGCCGUGGCAGAGGCCACCAGCAGCAGCCGAACGGCUACCAGCACCAGGUUGUGCCGUUCUUCGGUGCACAUUAGCCGACGGGUGUUCAGCCACCAUACUACAGUGAUCAGGCAGGCUCCGGGUCUGGCCAGCCGGGGCUCAGUCAACUGGGGUUCGGUCAGUCUGCGUUUGGUCAGCAACAGGUAUCUAUUCAGGGGGUGCAUUCUUCUCGCCCGAGCACUUCAGGUUUCUCACCAGCGAGGGAAUCUUUGGAUCUGUUCCACUGCCUGUUGUCAACUUUGUUUCUCUGCAGGUCACUCUGCACUUCAGUGUCCAUCUCGUUAUAUGAUGCCCUUGCGGCAAUUAAUUCUCCUGUCUCGGAUAAAGAGCUUCUUCAAUCUGUUCUGGCUGGCUUGGGAUCGGAGUAUCGAUCUCUUGUCACUACUGUCUCUUUAUUUCAUGAGAAUUUUCCCUUUGACAUUUUGCAACCCCGUCUCCUGGAAGAAGAGCAACGCGUCCUUUAUGAUCGUUAACACCAGACUGCCGCUGGUCAUCAGGCAUUUGUGGCCGCUACAGCAGGAGGUCACCAACAGGCUGGCUAUGCUAUUCGUGGCAGGGGAGGUCGCGGCAGAGGCCACCACCAGCAGCCGAACGACUACCCGCACCAGGUUGUGUCGUUCUUCGGUGCACAGCAGCCGGCGGGUGUUCACCCACCAUACGACUGUGAUCAGGCAGGCUCCAGGCCCGACCAGUAGGGGCUCGGUCAACUAGGGCUCGGUCAGUUUGCGUUUGGUCAGCAACAUGUAUCUAUUCAAGGGGUGCAUUCUUCUCACCCGAACACUUCAGGUUUAUCAUCGAGUGAGGGAAUCCUUGGAUCUGUUCCACCGCCUGUUGUCUGUCAACUUUGUUUCUCUGCAGGUCACUCUGCACUUCAGUGUUCAUCUUGUUAUAGUCAGCCGUUUGCGCCAGCUCUUGUAACUUCCAAUGGUGACUCAAACAUUGCUUUAUGGUACCCUGACUCUGGGCCUUCGGCUAGCAUGACUCCCACGGAAGCUCUGCUCGUCGUCAUCGCUCCAAGCCCGGCUGCCACGAAAAUCCAAAUUCCGGUGACUUCGCUCCUCCCUCUGAUCUCCACUGUUUAUCCUUUUUCAAUUCUUCUUUGUUUCUUCACUUUUCUUCUUCGUUUGUCCUUCUUUCCUUUCUUUUUCUUUCAAAGGCACCUCUGAAAUCACUGAUGAAGAUGUCGAUUCUCUCUUCUUCUGUGGUGGACCGUAGGUGUUGAUCAGGGCCGUUCCGAGGGGGAGGGCAGCAGGGGCGACCGUUCUAGGCCCAAUAAAAAAGGAAACAGGAAAAUUAGGCCUAAGUUUUUUUCUUUACAUGUAAUUUGACUAGACUUCUUUUUUAUUUGUAAUUUUCACUAAUUAUUUAACCUUAUUUUUAUUUGCAAUUUGAAAAUUUUAAAAGAUAAGUAAAAAGUCUUGAACGGAGCUAGAUAAGUUUUAAAAAAGAAUAUAAAUUUAGUUUUGAUUUUUAAAAGUUGUAAGUCAAAACAUUGCUGUUGAAUCAAUAAAAGCACCGUCUCUUCACAUUUUUUAGCGUUUAAGACAUUUUAUUCUUUUUAAUUACAAAAUUACCGAUUUAUAUUAUUUCCUUUGGACUGCCAGUGCCUCUUGAUUCUCAAACAUCAUCCCAAUAAUCUAUUAUGCCUCAAAAAACUUAAUGGAUUAGCAAUUUUAAACAUUGCACAUGUGAUCUUGAAAAAAGUAUUCAUUAUAAAGAAAUUAUUGAUGAUUUUACUUCACAUUAUUCUUUUGUAAUACUUGUGUUGUUAAUUUUUGUCCAAAUAUGUAAUUCAAAUAAUAUGAAGGUGAAUUUCAUCUUUACUUUAUAACCUUUUAUUAGAUAGUUGUAGGGAGAAUUCCUGAAAUAGGAGUAAUUUUUUAUCAGAAAUUCAAAAUAAGACAGUCAUGUGUUCAUUUCCCGAAUGAGUAAUUACUGUCAUGUUCGAAAAAUACUGUCAAAAUAUGACAUUAAUUACUUCUAUUUAGGGAAUAAAAACAUGAUAAUCUUAGUUUGGAAUAUACAAAUGUUUUUAGUCCUAUUUAGAAUAAUUUCUCAUAGUUUUAUUAUACUCCGUAAUUUUUACUUUAAGUGAGUAUAAUUUACGAUUUGUCUUGGAAAUAAGGCCAAAAUAGCAUAUCGCACAUAGGUCCAACAGGACAGGACCGGCCCUGGCGUUGAUGAAGGUUGGAAGAUCGAAGUAUUUUCAGAUCAACUGCGGAAUCAAUCUGAAAUUGGGGAAGCCCACUUCGGUGAAAUUGAGAAGACCAUAUCCAUGUAUCUCAAAUCAGUUUUGAAAUUGAAUGUAAAAGUAUCAGCAUUAAGGUAAGAAAUUCUUUUCCACUCUAUAAAAUCUUCAUCCCUUAAAGCUGACAGAUUUCUCAUCCUGCAUCCAUUUUUCCACCUUAACCAUUGAUUUCUCUUUUUCUAUGUAUGGUUUACUAUGCACAUUGUUAUAUACAAAGUAUGAGUUUCAUUAACAUUUUUAUUGUUGUUCUGAUGCAUAUGAAUACUCUUGUUAUGACUGAAUGAGGGUCAGUGUUGGACUGCGAACGGGGAAGGCAGCCGACGACGGUGAUAUACUCCGGUGAAAAAAUGAGCUAUGCAUACAUUUCUAAUUGUUGGACUAUGAAUAUUGUCCUAUUGUUUCCCCGACCUCUACACCAUCCAAACAAGCUUCAGCGACACUCAUGCCUACAGUGGGGGGCAAUGAAGGACAUCUGAGCUGAUGAAAUCUCAACAUUUGGGUAGUGAAACUGAAAGAAACGCAGAGAUUAGAGAAUUAAAAAAAACGAAAAAAGACACGCGGACUAUGCACUUAUGGCCUGGAAACGGAAUGUUUACUGGCUGAAUUGCUAAAUUGAAUGUUUACGAAAAGUUUGAGGACCCAAUUGAUUGAUUUUAAAGUACAAGAACUUAAUUGACUUUUUCAGUAUAGUACGGGGGUUUAUUUGACAGUUUUCCGGAAUGAAUUAGAUUGAACUGAAGUUUCCAUUCCAAGCUGCUUGACCCAAGUUGCCAACUGAUCAGUAG